GACAAACAACCGCAGACAUUGGGAGACCCGAAGUUGGGUGAGUUUCCCAUCGAUCGUUAACAUGGAGGGCCGCGGGCAAUCGUCCCCUCUGGUGCUGGACCUUCUUAGACGAGCAGCACGAAUCACCCAGUCCCUCGAUGAAGAGGGAUCUGGCGUUCUACCUGUCCAAUGCUGGCGCAUUGUUCUGCAUGAGCUGGGCGUGACGGAAGAGAGUGAGGCGGCCAAUGUCUUGAUGGACUUUGUGGAGCCCUGCAGUCAGGGGCACUUCCCCUACAAGCCGCUACUGGACGCUCUUCAAUCAGUUGGACGGCGGGAUGAGCCCAGGGGCUACUCAGAUGGGCCACCAGGUCCGAGUCCUGAUAGCGCCUGCGGCAUCGGAUCGCCAGCACCUUGGCAGUCACCAGGGAAGGAUCGACGCAGCCCCAAAUCUCCUCAAGUUCCAGGUCUCGCACUUGGCAAAGUAGAUCCAGAGGAGUCCGAAGGUCCCAGUAAGGGCUACCCUGCCGCGAAUCCGGUGCCGAUGGUCCCGUACGUUUCGGAUGGACCAAAUGAUGAGAUUCCUACACCAGAUGCAGCGUCACCUCCGCUGAGAGAAGAACAACUGCGAGAACAUCAGGCAUCCUUGCAAGCAGCAGAGCCCAUGGAGGUUGUGAAUGAGGCCUUUUGGCAGAGGCGUGGUCCUGCCAUCCAGCGUCUCUACUGUCAGUGGGACUGCAAUCAGUUGACGAAUCAAACUUUUCAGGCUCAGAUGCAACAAGUCCUGGGAGCAAGUGUGGAUAUUCGCCACCCCGAGAGCGAGUUCUUGAGACUCAUCAACAAGCACCUCUCCGCGCGAACCAUGAAAUUUGCCUCAAUGAUGUCUGGCCUCCGUCGGGAUGCACACAGCACUGCCAGGCGGGGAGGUCUGAGUUCAGGCGUUUCGGUCUGGUCGGCGUAUGAGCCAAGCGAGGCUGGCAGUGAGGCCACAUCGGCAGCUGGAAAGCCAACGAAUCCCAUGGCGCAGCCACACAGUCGCGGUGGCCGCAGGCAUUUCCAACUUCCAUCCGAGAACCACGUCCUGCCAGGGAGCGGCAAAAUGCGAGGUCUAGUUGACGUUCCCGAAGACGACGUUCCUGAGGACUUGAAUGCGGAAAAACCACAGGAUGAUCUCGACAUCUUUGGUCGAAAGAUUGGGAAACCAAUGCCCCGAAGACAUGACAGAGUCGAAACAGCGAGUAUCGCCUCUGGUGCAAGUGGAAUCUCUGAGGCAGACAUUCAGAGGGAAGCGUUCUCUGCCCGCAACAGAAGUGGCCACGGGAACAUCUUGGCCUGGGACGAUGGUAGUAGGCCGCUGACGCCUCCCAAAGUUCGAGAGGGUCGACAUGUGGCAGUGGAUCAACAAGGGAUGCCCAGGCUGAAUAUGUCCAGCGGCAUCUUUUGAGAAGAAUUUGACUAGCUUGAACCUAACUAAUUACUCAUAAUUAUUUAAGAUUGAAUGACUUGCAUCAAACAAUUCAAAAAA